AUGUGCCAUCACAGCUGAAACUGCCCCGGGGUAACCGAACGUCCGUCCAAUGGCGGAGCCAUAUUUUCCAUCUGGACCAGCUUAACGUUUACAAGGAAAGUCUUAGAAGACUGCUUUUUGUUGGCUUUCCCAAGAUCCCAUCCAACAUGCUUCACUCUAAGCUUCUUCUCCCACGAUUAUAAUGCCCCAUCAACAGUGCGCCCGGCGGGCCCCUGGAUCGGCCCCGUGUUUCAACAGAACUUGUACCAAACGGACCCAGGGACACCCCUUAUUCCAGCCUCCGAGCACCCUCCAGCCGCUUGUACAGCCUCAGCCCUCGGAACCAUCUUCCCGGUCACCCUCUGCCUCCGGGGCCAACCAACACCGGUUUUUGACCUUAGCUCCCUGUUGCCAGUCAACCAUGAGCUGUCAGAUUCGUCAGAACUACUCCACCGAGGUGGAGGCCUCCGUCAACUGCCUGGUCAACAUGUAUCUGCGGGCCUCCAACACCUACCUCUCCCUGGGCUUCUAUUUCGACUGCAGCAAUGUGGCUCUGGAGGGCUUGGGCCGCUUCUUCCGCGAGUUAGCCCAGAAGAAGUUCGAGGGCGCCCAGGAGCUCUUGAUGUUGCAAAAGCAGCGCAGCGGCAGCUCCCUCUUCCAGGACGUGCAGGAGCCGUCCCAUGACAAGUGGGGGAAAGCCCUGGACGCCAUGGAAACUGCUGUGGUCCUCGAGAAGAACCUGAACGAGGCCCUUUUGGAUCUGCAUGACCUGGCUUCUACCCGUGCAGACGCCCAUCUCUGUGACUUCCUGGAGAGCCACUGCCUGGGCGAGGAGGUGAAAACCAUCAAGAAGAUGGGCGACCACCUGACUAACCUCCGCAGGCUGUCCUGCCCCCAGGCUGGGCUGGGCGAGUAUCUCUUCGAAAGGCUCACCCUCCAGCGUGACUGUCAGCCUCUGGAGCCCAGCAGCCUUUGAGGGGCCCCUCUGGCAUCCCCUUAGUGCUGGGGCUUCUGUUUGGGUUUGUCCGAGCAGCCGCCAGGCAGCUCUUUAACCACCCUGGAGCCCGCUCCCAAGCUGUGGACCAAAUGAAAACAAUAAAACUUUUUGCAGGGGGAAAAAAAAAUGCCGCCUGUAUUAUAUACCAAAAUAGUCUAGAUUCAGGGGCUUUUGUUGGGGGAGGGGGAGGGUGUUCUUUAUUAUUUUCCAUUUAUUCAUUUGUCUGUCUUCCUGACAACAAUCCUCUUAACUACCAAAGCUUUCUAAUCACAGCCCCUUCUUAUAUUUAAAAUUUCUUUGGCCACUCUUGGGCAUUUUUCCCCCUAAAUCUUAUCUGUGCAGUAUAACAUAUGCAGAAAAGUAUAUGAAAUAUACAGCUGGAUGACUUAUCAGAAAGCGAACAUCCAUGUAACUACCACUGGAAAUUGAAUUUCCAGUAUUCCUGAACCCUUCCCCCUGCUUCAC